AUCAUUUACCCAACUGAAGAUACCGUUUGGAGAGUAGGCGAGCAUGUCAAUGUGACUUUCAGUGAUGAUGUGCCGCCGAACCAAACUGUCUCGCUCUUUUUCGCAAAUAGUCGUCAGACGACUUUGGGUGGAGGACCUUUGGAUGAUCUCGUGUUCCCGUUCACUGUACCAGCAUCUGCCCUUAGCCAUAAUGGUGGAAAAUCUUUGCUAUUAGCGGUACGUCGUGAGAAUCGACACUUAUCCUUCGUGAAUGAAGUCAAUGUUGCGGUUGUACCGGAACAUUAA